AUGUUGCGACGGGCGACGAGGAGCUCCCGCCCCGUGCGCUUCGUGUCCCUAGGCACGUUGUCGAAAGUCGGCGCCGUCUCCUUCACCAUGGGAUCCAUAGCGCUGUAUCUAGACGCGCCAGUCGCGGAUCUGGGAGACGGCAAGUACGACGGUGGCCGACGAGCCGAGAUCUUCCCCGAGUGGCUACACAACGUCGCGCGUGUCCCGCUCUUUGGCGCUGCGACGCUCAUCUCGAAAGUCUGUCUGCAGGUGUUGAACCGGACGAAGGUGGAGGGCGUAUCGCAUCUGGUUGAGCAGCUUGAGAAGCGGCCGAAGGGGACCGCUCUUAUUACUGUGUCGAAUCACUCGGCCACCGUAGACGAUCCAGCUGUGUUUGCCAAUAUGAUGCCGUGGAGGUACGCGUGGCCAUGGACAGGACGCUGGAGCUUGGCGAGUCAGGAGUACUGUUAUGAGAAGGGUAAAUUGGUAUCAGCCGUGUUCUUUGGUGCCAAGACCCUGCCAGUGAAACGCGGCGCUGGGAUCGAUCACGAGAUGGUCCACGCGAUCUUUGACAAGGUGGAGAAGGGGGCGUGGGUCCACAUUUUUCCUGAAGGAAAGAUCGUACAGCACGAAGCGCUCGGUGGUCGACCAAGUCCGCGUCGAGAGGAGAUUGGGCGGCUGAAGUGGGGCGUGGGCAAGCUCAUCGCGCGUGCGACGAAGCGACCGAUUGUCGUGCCGGUGUAUCAUUACAACAUGGAGCAGCUCAUGCCGCAAGACGAGAACAACUGUCUCAUCCGUGUCUUCCCUCGGACGCAUCUUGAAUUGGGCAUCAUCGUGGGCGAGCCGCUGUCAUUUGAUGACCUGUUCGCGCAGUUCGAGAACGACCGCGUGGAAGGCGCCGAUCCAUGGGAAACGCAAGAGCGUGAAAAAGCGCUCUACUCGGCCAUUACGCGGAGAAUAGAGAACGCUCUGCUAUCGCUCGAGAAACAGACGCCCCUCGCUUAG